GAGCUGGGCCCCCGCCGCGCCUCUUCUCCUGCCGCGCUGACCCCGCGCAUCCCAACCGCGGGCAGGGGGUCACCGGGAGGCCGGGGCGCAGAGAGCCCGGCCCCGCCAGUCGCCAGGCCGGCAGCACCGCUUAAAUAUCUCCGCGUCCGCCUCCCCGAGCCGCACAGCUCGCCAGGCGCGGGGCCCACGACAGCCAGCCUCCUCCCGCCCCCGGGGACCUGCGAUCCGCGCACCGCUGCGAGGAGCGGAGACUGGGCUGCUCCAUGCCUGCGCACUUGCUGCAGGAGGAGGAGUUCUCCUCCACUUCCAGCACCGCCACUGUCGGCACUGUCACCUCCCGGGUGACCAGGAACGGGGAUGCUGUCAUGGAGAAGGACUCAUUCAAUCACGAGGAGCUGGCAGGAGACCGGGGCAUGAUAGACGAUAUUUUUGAUGAGACCUACCGGGAGAAGGAGGGCCCUAAGCCCCCCAUACGAUACGUCUGGAGGAAUAUCAUCCUCAUGAGCCUACUGCAUCUAGGGGCCAUAUUUGGGUUGAUGCUGAUACCUUCUGCAAAGAUCCAGACACUGGCAUGGGCUGUUCUGUGUUUCCUGGUGAGUGCUCUGGGAAUAACAGCUGGAUCUCACCGCCUCUGGAGCCAUCGAUCCUACAAAGCCACACUGCCGCUGAGGAUCUUCCUGACUAUUGCAAACUCCAUGGCCUUCCAGAAUGACAUCUAUGAGUGGGUGCGGGACCACCGCGUCCAUCACAAGUUCUCUGAGACAGAUGCAGACCCUCACAAUGCCAUGCGGGGCUUCUUCUUCUCCCACAUCGGGUGGCUGCUGGUGCGCAAGCACCCGGACGUCAUAGAGAAGGGCCAGAAGCUGGACCUGAGUGACAUAAAGGCUGACAAAGUGGUGAUGUUCCAGCGGAGAUACUACAAGCCCUCGGUGGUGUUGCUGUGCUUCACGCUGCCCACUGUAGUGCCCUGGUACUUCUGGGAUGAAUCCAUCAUCAUCAGCUUCUUCGUUCCAGCCAUCCUACGCUACACCAUAGGGCUCAAUGCCACUUGGCUAGUGAACAGUGCUGCUCACAUGUUUGGCAACCGGCCAUAUGAUCAGAACAUCAACCCACGGGAGAACCCCCUGGUCAGCCUGGGGGCUCUAGGAGAAGGCUUCCACAACUACCACCACACCUUCCCCUAUGACUACUCCACCAGUGAGUUUGGCUGGCGCUUCAACUUAACCACAGCCUUCAUUGACCUCAUGUGCUUCCUGGGACUGGCCAGUGAUCGCAAGAAGGUCUCCAAGGAGGUCAUCCUGGCUCGGAAAAUGCGGACUGGAGAUGGGAGUCACAAGAGUGGCUGAGUUCCUACUCCCCUACACACACACAUCCACACCUUCCUACUUUUUUCUCCCUUUCUCCUUUCCUGACCCCUCCAAACACGCUGGACAAAGGUUUAAUGUUCUGUUUACUAACUACUGAAUAAUGCUACCAAUUUGCUUAAGAUAAUGAGUUUUAACCCCCCCUCCCAUACUGUAUUUUACGUGAUGUAUUUAAGAUCUAGGCUUCUGCCUUUAUAAUGCAAGGCCACCCCUUUCCCUCCUUUCCUUUUCCUUUCCAUUCUUUCUCUCCAGCCCCUCUAUCCCUUCUCCCGCUUUAUGUCGUCACUCCCUGGCAGAGGAGCUGGUAGGAAGCAGACCAGGGAGUUCCAUCACAGCUGGCUAUGUACCAUGGAGUUAAGGGAAGCCUGUACCAGCCAGCUGAAGAGUUGAGCCAAAGUCAGUGACCCUCUCCCCACCACCUUCCUCCCAAAAUUCCUUCCCCUGUCCCUCCUCCUUUCUCAAGAGCUGCUGACAGACAUGGCAUGGCUAAACUGCUCUCCUUGGGAAAAGUAGCCUUGUCCUCUUCCCUUGCCAUUGGAAAGAGAAUUGUCUCUUUCCAGGAUGUCUCUUGGGAAGUGUUCUUCCCCCUUCUCCACUGCACAAUGUUUCUGGCCCGGGAGGGGAGAGCCUCCAAGCUCUCUCAGAGGUCCACCAGUGGCUAGGGGAGGCCUGAUGGCCACAGUGGGCACUGGAGGGGAAGCCUUGGUGGCCUUAUUACCUUCUCCUUCUGGUGUCAUAGCCUCCCUCCCUGCACUGCCCACUGUGCCCUAUGCCACCAGGGACAGAAAGCAGAGCCUGGCUCCAUGCUCCACAGCCCCUUUGGAGAGUCACAGCAAGGGGGGGUACAGAUGGAGGGGGUGUGCCACUGGCUGCUGUGGAGCAGCACCAGCCUGGGGUGGUUUUGAUCACCACCACCACUGAGAUUUUUGCCAGCAAACAGGACUCCACUGAAAUGGAGAGGGACAGAAGGAUGUAAACCAAAGCUCCACUGCUGAAUUAAGCUGCUUUAUAUCCUGGAUGAAGAGGGUCCCAGCUGGGUGGCAGGCAGAUGUCCUGAUGUCCAUGCCUGCCCUGUGGAUCUGCAUCCUGUGCUGAGCACACAGAUGGGGCAAGAGAGCGCCUGCAGGUGUAGGGAGUGUUGAGGGUGUCUCUGGGAGCAGGUCUCCCCAUCCUCGGAGCCUCUGCUGGAUCAAUUUAUCAAGUGCCUGAGAAACACCGACGUGGGGCCAGGUGGCACAGGGGGCUCCAGGGACCCGAGACCUCUGAGGUGAGACACUGCUGCCACUGUGGGCCACCUCUGGGCUUUCUUGACCAGGGUCCACCAAGGUGGUUUGCCAUUCCCUGCCCUUCUGGGGGAGUGGGAAGGGCAGGCAAAAGCUGUUCCUUGUCAGUCCCUUAGCUGGCCUCCUGGCCCCCUCGGUGAGACAUCUCGCUGCCUCGCUCCUUCUCUGGCAAGGCAGGCAGUGAGGGCAGCUGAGCCUGUGGAAAGGUCAGUUAUAUCACCAAGCCAAUGUGGGCAUGCAGCUGAAGGGUGUGCUGGGGAAAAAGGCCCUUGUGGGUGUUGUUUCCUGCAAGUUCCAGAGACUGCAGCUUGAGUUCAGGCAAUGGGUUAGGUUCAAGGCAUCACAUCAUGGCCUCAAGUCCCUCACUGGGCUGAACAGGCUUUUCUUCCCUUAACUCUCCCCAUUAUUAUUAAUUUUUAUUAUUAUUAUUAGUUGUAGCAAUAGUAUUGGUUUUGUUGUUUAAAUUCAUCAAAUGGAGCUGGAGGAAAGCACGAGAGUUGGCUGGAACGAAGUGAUGUUGGAGUGGGGUUUGCAGCGUCUCCUGUAUUCAGGCAGGCCAGGGAGGGCACAGACAGAGCAGAUGCCAACUUCCUCACCUCAGCUGUGCCAGGCAGCAGCCACGCAAGCUUCACAGGAGCGAGUCUCUGCACCUUUGCUUUUUCCUGCUGCUGUGAAACUCCAGGAGCCAUCAUAGCUCUGUGAUGUUCUCCUUAACAAGAGCACUCUUGUUAAUCAGAAAAGAAGUCCUUCUCCUCCCUGCCACCACCAUGGCCUUCUUUAUUGCUCAAAAGCAGGACCCUUCAAGGUUUUGAGCCAUCAGGAGUGAAGUGGUCUCCAGCUGAGAUGUACAACAGGGAGGAAUAGAACAGGGAGCCCUUCAGCUUCCAGUGUCAGGAGACAGCAUCCUUACCCCUCCAAGGGUCAUGACUGCCGGGGGGCUGGCUGGAGGUGAGGCUCUUGUGGCUAGAAUUGUAUCUUGCCAUUUAAAAAAACAGAAAAAGCCAUCCAAAAAAAGAGAAACACUGUUAGCUCUGUAAUUGCAGGCUGAUUUUGCUCUAAACCUCUCAGAACUCGUAGAAGUCUCCAGAGAGAAUGACUUUGCUCCAGCCAGUAAUUUGAAAGGGGUGUAUGGAGGGGAGCAGGUGUGGAGAAUGAUUUCCUUGCUCCUGGUGCCCUUAGUGUGUUGUGUGACAUACCCUACGGUAAGGAAGCAUGCUGUGACAUGCUGCAGUAUCUCACAUCCUCUUAGCAGAGAAGGAGAGUUUGACAUCAAGGGUUCCUUUCAAAUUUCAAGAGCUGAUUUGGGUCCAGAAUCUGGAAUUAGGGUGGAAGCUAAGGACCAGUAACCAAACAGUCCUGGUGUUUGUCCAGUCACUUUAAAGGUAGAUUGGCAAAUAUCUCUGGGUGCCUUAAGUAUUUCUUUAAUAUACAUAGAAGUAUUGACAGCUAUUUGCCAUAUUUCUUUUAUUUUAUUUUCUUUUUUUUUUUUUCUGAAUUACAAGCAUUUGAGGGGUUUCUUAAUUAUUUAAUCACCUACAUUGAACUGUGGGUGAAGGUGAAAUUGAAUGUAUUUGAGUUAGAAUUUUUUUUUUUAGAUUAAGAAACAUACAACACUUUCAGUAUAAGGUUUUUUUUUUGAGAGAUAUAUAUAUAUACACCUAUAAAUAUAUAUAUAUAUUUUUGGUGGCAUGUGUGUAUCCUGGACACGUCUGUAUGUUUAGCUUAAAUGAUUCCGUGAGAGGUGGAAACCGAGAAAGCAGCAGUGGGACCUCACGGCUAGAGCAGCUGUUCUCCUGGGACCUGUUCCUGGCUUAGCUACUUGCUCACUGCGUGAUGUGGGACAAAGUCACUUAAAAACUAUCCAUGCCUCAGUUUCCCCAUCUGUAGCAGGUGUUACGCCCUGCCUCACUGCCGACCAGCCGAGCACAGAGGAGGGAGGCAUAUGGACCACAUGCACACUGCUGCUGGCAGAAACAUGGACUGGUUUGUUUUCCAAAACUGUUCCCAGCCCUGCUGGUAUUGUGAAGAGCAUAUGUCCAAGUGUUGGGUGUUCAGGGAAGGAUUGGAAAGUUGAAUCUGCACAUUGUCUAAGCUCUGUCACUGUUGAAAUGUGAGUAGGAUAUGAUUUUUCACAGCUUAGGGGUUUCUGCAUAGUAGUAUCUCUGUUUUGUGUACUGGAAAAGAAAAAAAAACUUUUUGAAAUAAUUUCUACUAAUAUGGAAACAGACAUCUGGUUGUGCUGAACUGAAAUUUUAUUUGUUCAUAAUAAAAAUGUUACUUUAAAA